GUGCCACGUGACCCGCCAACGAAAAGGCGGCGGCUCAAGAGCACUUAGUCGUUUUGUGCUUUCGUCAUGUGUGCUGCUCGGUUGGUAGCGGCCGCUCAGGCCACCGUAUACUCCUUCUCCGCGCGCCCGCUGGCCGGGGGGGAGCCGCUAAAUUUCGGCUCCCUGCGAGGCAAGGUGCUGCUCAUUGAGAAUGUGGCCUCCCUUUGAGGCACCACGGUCCGGGACUUCACCCAGAUGAACGAUCUGCAGGCGCGCCUCGGGCACAAGGGCCUGGUUGUCCUCGGCUUCCCGUGCAACCAGUUCGGACACCAGGAGAACGCCAAGAACGAAGAGAUUCUGCAUUCGCUCAAGUACGUCCGACCCGGUGGUGGGUUCGAACCCAACUUCACUCUCUUCGAGAAGUGCGAGGUGAAUGGUGCGAAAGCACAUCCACUCUUCACCUUCCUCCGAGAGGCCCUCCCGGCGCCCAGCGACGACCCCAUUGCGCUCAUGACCGACCCUAAGUUCAUCAUCUGGUCCCCGGUAUGCCGUAAUGACGUGUCCUGGAAUUUUGAGAAGUUCCUGGUGGGCCCCGACGGUGUUCCGGUGCGCAGGUACAGCCGCCGCUUUCCUACCAUCGACAUCGAGCCAGACAUCGAAGCUCUGCUGUCCCAGGGGUCCGGCCCAGCAUAGGGCGCCCCUCCUAUCCCGCCUUGGCAGUUGCCAGAUGCUCUCCUGGGGGUUCUUCCAUGAAGGUGUUUCCUCUCAACCUGUAUAGAGGAACAUCCGAUUCCCAGGAAUUUCCCAGAGAGGGCCGCUGGCCCUGUCCACCCCGCCUCCUUUCUGCCCAGACCAAAAUGAUUUCCCUUAUAAUAAAGCGCUGGAUGUCACACAA